UGAUACUGUUAUUUUUUUACUUCGAAAUUACACAUGGGGAAAUUGUAAUAUUGUACGCAAAGCUAACUCAAAACAGCAAGACGUCGCAAGGUUCAACAACAAUCUUUACCUCACCAAAAACUGUUGCUGUCUUUUUUUCGGAUCCAACGUCGAGUUAUCGCAGCGUCAUGGCAUCCGGAGAUGCCGUGAUGAAUGGCGAUGUUUCUCGCUCAUUUGAAUCUCAGGAAGAGACGCUGCUUCAGAUGCGUGUCCUCAUCCAGGAGAACCGCAAUUUGAAAGAGGCUCUGCGUCAGACCAACCUAUCCAUGAAAGAACGUUUCGAGGAUCUGAUCAAUUGGCGUGAGAAGCAGCAGGAGGAGCGUCUUCUCAUGAAAACCAAGCUGGAGGAGAGCAAAGCUCAUAUUGAGGUCCUGGAGGAUGAAAAGCAGAAGAUGAACAAGAAACUACAAGAGGCGACCAUGUUGACCGUCUCGCAAGCGGACUCCUCCAGUCACAGCGCCGAAGUGGACGCUCUUCGUGCGCAGGUUAGCCGACUGCAGGCGGAGAAGAACGACCUGGUGGCUCUCAACUCAGAGCUGCAGCUGAAGACCGACCAGAACUCCCCUAACGAGUCCUUCGUGGAGGUCAUCACUGUGUCGAACGACGGUAGUGGCAAACAUCCUGACGUUGGCAUGACAGCGUCACGUCUGGACGGCGAGGACGUGACCGUCAGCAACCUGCUGCAAUCCCUCAGGAACGAGACUCAGCGAGCCGAGCGGCUGCAGGCCGAGCUGCACACCACCAUUGAAAGGAUUCGAGUAAUGGAGGAGAGAACCUAUCUUAAUGUGGCCGUGACAACGCAAACCUCCUUGACAGAAGACUGCAAAAACAAUCCUGAGAGUGACCAGGUGGCGUCCGAGUUCAUCAAAUCCCAGAUGAAAAUGCUGUUCAAAGAGCUCCAGCACGCUCAGAAGAAGCUGGAUGAAGCAGAAGGCAUGAAGAAGAACCUGCAGGACCGAUGUCGCGAAGUGGAGCACGAGGCGGCCAUUUUGAAGGCCGAGUUGGUGGAUCGACAGGCGGUCAAAACGGAGAACGAACGUCUGAAGCUUCAACUGGACAGCGUGCAGACGCAGAGUUUGAUGGUGCAGAAGAAGGCUGGAGAAGAGAGGAGCAACUUGGCCCAGCUGAAGGACGCCUACACUAAAUUGUUUGAAGACUACAAUGAGCUCAAAGAGGAGGGGGGAAAGAGAGAGGCUCACAUGGUGAACAAGGAGUUGGUGGAUGAUCUCCAAGGCCAGCUGAGUGCCGCCGAGAAGGCCCUGGCGGUCAAACAGGAGCGCAUCGACAACUUGAAGCAGGAGAUGUUCGCUAAGGAGAAGGAGCUGGAGACCAUAUCUGUCUUCAAGGCACAGGCCGAGGUCUACAUGUCCGAUUUCUACGCCGAGCGAGAGGCGAGAGAGAAACUUCAUGAGGAACGCGAGCGUUUGGCUGUCCAGCUGGAGUACCUGAGGAAGCAAAACGCCCACAUGCAAGAGGAGUUGAAUGCCAGAGGCCGAGAUUCAUUAAUUACCAUGCAAAGAAGGCACGUGGCAAAUCCAAACCCAAGUCCAACUUUGCUGGCAAGAGGAACCGACUGGCAACAAAACGUCUGUCCGAAGUGCAACGAAAUGCUGCCAGACCUGGACUCCCUGCAGAUCCACAUUAUGGACUGCAUCAACUAGUCAUGUUUUGGAUAUCAUUAUUAGCCCUAUUUGCACUUUAAUCUUUAGUCUUCCUCUGGUUGUACCCUCUUUAAUGAUGAGAAUCAAAGAAUUCAAGUUGUGUCUACCUGUUUGUUUAUAUGCUAGAUUCACAACUUUAUGUUUUGAUGCCAACAUUUGACUAAGGUAAGAGACUUUGAAUCUGUUUGUAUUACCAGGUAUGUUUUUUGGAGCGCUCAUACCUAGACAACUUGUUAAUCCACCAAACCACUACUAAGAAAUGUUAGCUGACUACUCUGUAAAUGCAAGGCAAUAAAUGUAUUCAGGACA